AUGUGGCACGAAGCUUUGCUCUCCGAGAUGUACGACGAGGACGAACCAAAUCUACCGUCGAGAUUCUCGUUGAUGACGAGAGGGCGCUUGGACAAGGCGCAGAAGGCAGCUGAGCUGGCGAAAGAUGCGCAGACCAGGAAAGUGCUGGAAGAGCAGGGUGUGGCUGUGCAGCAGCGCGAGCAGGCCCGACGAGCUUUCGAGGCUUCUUGUCUCCGCUUUGGUAGUAUCGGGAAAGAUGUGCCUGCUGCCGGUCAAAUUGGUGUUCUCGAUCUUGCCGCUCUCUUAGCUGUGUUGUCGUUGCAAUCGCCCUUUGAUCUACCCGUCACGCCCGAACCUGGGUUUGCUGCAACUGUAGCGCCUGUUCAGCAGGUAUCAUGGCUGAAGGGUCUUGCGCGCAGUUUGGCUCAGCUUGCAGUAGAGGUCACUCCAUCCUACACUCACUUGGCAGCGUAG